AAAAGGAAACCAGUCCCGGUGUGUCAGUAAACAAUUGAAAAUUGACUUUCCGUACCGAAAGUGAGAAUGGAUAUGAGAGUGACAAUAUCGGGCGAUUAUGGUUAUGUCAUUUUAGUUUUUUGUUCCUCUUGGUUUCUGUUAAACUGGCUUGAGUCUAGGACAUUCCAGGCAAGGAGAAAAUAUGAAAUUCCUUAUCCAAAGAUGUACGUAGAGCCAUAUUCUCAUGUUUUCAACUGUAUACAGAGAGCUCACCAGAACACGUUAGAAAGUUAUCCUAUGUUUCUAGUGCUCCUGCUACUUGGUGGUAUACUGUACCCAAAAUUGAGUGCAAUUAGUGGAGUUUUAUGGAUAGCUUCCAGGGUUGUCUAUGCAAUGGGAUACUAUACUGGUGAUCCGGAGAGGAGAAGAUUUGGAGCUUUUGGCUAUAUUGGACUUCUUACAAUGCUUGUAAUCAAUGUGGUGUUUGCUCUCAAACUGCUUGGAAUUAUCGCUGCAUAAGAAACACAUUGAGGAAAGAGAUUUAUCAUGGUCUGAAGAAUUCUGCUCAGUAUACCAGAAGAUUAUAUGUUAACUAAUGUUAAAUGUAUACAAAGAGAAAAUAUGAGUGUCCUGGCUCAAAGUCACUGUUUACAAAUAAUGUUUGAUUGAAUUGUCAUUAUGCCUCUCACCGCACAGACCUAUUGAUUUACUCCUGUCUGUGUGUAUGUGUCUGUCAGUCUGCAAAAUAUUCAAAAUGUUUUGAUUUAAUACUCUGUUAACUCUCACAAAUUUUCCAAUAAUCUGAGCUUGUGCAUAAGUUUGAUUUAUUUACAUUCAUUACUGCCAGUUACCCAUUUAUACCAGUCAGUCUGAAAAAUGUAAAUGAUUUAUCUUUCCCCGAAGAUAAGAUGUAUAAGUAGUUUCCAAUUUGAAAAAUUUCCAAAUAUAUUUUGUGCGCCACAUGUAGAGUAAACUUACACAGAGUCAUACAUAUGAGCCAUGAGAAAACCAACAUAGUGGCUUUGCAACCAGCAUGGAUCAAGACCAGCCUGCGCAUCCGCGCAUUCUGGUCAGGAUCCAUGCUGUUCGCCUUCAAAGCCUAUUGGAAUUAGAGAAACUGUUAGGGAACAGCAUGGAAUUAGACUCCAAUAUGUGGCCCUUGGUUUCAUAACCUAGCUUGUGUUUUACACUUGAGCUCCAUGACAAUUGCAUCACUACUCGUGUUAAAAGCCAGUGCACUUAUAUUUUCUUUUAAUUUUUAACACUUUUAUUUCUUUUAGAGUUUGUAUUGUAUUUUUUGCUUGUAUGAUAUUAGCCAUUUCAAUGAUAGUACAUGUAUUUUUAUGCUCCCUGAGUGAAUGAGUGAGUUGGGUUUUACAGCGAAUUGACACAGAAAUAUGCUCCCUGAAAAGAAGCAUAUAGCUGGUGCUCUGUCUGUCUGUCCGUCCGUCCGUCCAUCAAUUCUUGUCCAAAGUAUUUCUCAGCAACCACUGAUUGUAAUUUAGCCAAUCUAACUAUCAGGAGGAGAUAUGCACAUUGUCUUCGUGUUGCAGUGGGAUGAUUUUUUUACUGUGUUAUUGCCCUUUGAUUAUUCAAAAUUACUUUAGUACCAUUUCUUGCCAUUCCUGAGGAAGCACUUGAUUGAAUUUAUCAAAACUUCAUAGGAAGCUUUACUUUUAAGAGAUGCGCAUAUUGUCUUCCCGUCUUAUGUUUGAUUUGGAUGAUUUUCAUUGAGGUAUCACCCUUUGAUUAUUCAGCAUUAGUAAACUAUAUGUGCCCAGUUUAAAUUCCACUUUUGUUCUUUUUAUAUGCACUUUUCAUAUUUCAGGGAGCAUCCAUCGGUUUGUUAUGUACAGUAACUGUAAUAUACACAGUUUUAAUUAAAUUCCAUUAUACAUGUAGGCCUAUUUAGCCGAAAUCCCAGUAGUAGUUUAAAUAUUGUUGGGUAAAUAAAAAAUAUAAAGAUUG